GUUUACCAUACUUGGUUGUCACGUUGGAAAGCGCAAUCCAAUCCGCUUUUAUGUUUCACAUUACAGAAUUGUGAAUCAGAUAAUCAGAAGAUGGCGACAGCUGAGUCGGAAUCAAGUUUGAAUCCCCCUAAUUCCGAGGGGGAAAAAAGUGAAGCAACUGGUCAAGAAGUUGUAAAUCCUGAAGAUUACAUCAAACAUCCACUACAAAAUAGAUGGGCUCUGUGGUUCUUUAAGAAUGACAAAACGAAAACCUGGCAAGCAAACCUCCGUCUCAUCUCCAAGUUUGACACAGUGGAAGACUUCUGGGCUCUGUAUAAUCACAUCCAACUAUCAAGUAACUUGAUCUCCGGCUGUGACUACUCACUUUUCAAGGAUGGUAUCGAGCCCAUGUGGGAGGACGAGAGGAACAAGCGUGGUGGCAGGUGGCUCAUCACACUUUCCAAACAGCAGCGCAGGGCCGACCUCGACCGCUUCUGGCUGGAAACGCUCCUGUGCCUAGUGGGCGAAGCCUUCGAUGACCACAGUGAUGAUGUAUGCGGGGCAGUAGUCAACAUCCGAACAAAAGGAGACAAACUUGCGAUAUGGACAACAGACUACGAAAACAAGGAUGCCAUUACACACAUAGGACAAGGGUGGAAGGAGAGGUUAGGUGUGCCACACAAGGUGAUCAUCGGAUAUCAAUCACACGCGGACACUGCCACCAAGAGUGGUUCCACCACCAAGAACAAGUUUGUUGUCUAAGGAGUUUUUUUUGUUGGUUGGUUGUUUUUCCUUUCCGUUUCCAUGGCGUUUGUUGAAAUGCUGUUGCGAUGUUUAAUCUGCUACCCAAUUGAAACCAAAGCUUCAACACAGACAAUUGCCUUUAUUCAAUCAAUUACAAUAUGAUUUCACGACAAAAUGGUCUCAUUCAUAUUUGCCCUGAAACAAACCUAUACCUUCGAUGAAGGGUGGGAAUAACCAUGAGAAUUGAAAUACCCCCCAAAAAGUUAACCAUGUUCUUUUUUUAUGAGCCAUUUCACUUUUCUUACUGAGGAUAUACUAGUUGGCUUUUUGUUGAUAUGUUUUAUAUUUAACAGCAUCACACUCGUAGCUGCCAGGGAUUUCUCUGCGUAAGCGUGUUUUUGGGAUGCCUAAUUCCAAACUGUAAAAAAAUAUAUAUAUAUUAGUACCAGUCAAAAUUUUGGACACACCUACUCAUUCAAGGGUUUUUCUAU